AUGUCGAGGCCACAGAAUCAAAAGCGACCGCGCGUAAACCAGAGCAAACCUCCCUCUAAAAAGGCCAAGCUUACUAGAGAAAGGAACUUCUCGCUAGAAUUUUGGGAUAACCUGUCGAAAGUCUGGCUUACGCCGCGUGCUUUAAGGGAGCUUGACCGUCAAAACAAGACCCAACCUUGGCCGAAAUUUCCAGUACCCAAGUUACAUCCGACACAACUUGCUCAAUUCGCGCGGCACGGAGGCCCGGACCUCUGUUAUCUUCGAGGAUAUACCGAACGCAAUAGCCUUACGGAAGAUAUAAGCUCCAGUCGCUCUUUAACGUCCCAAAGCCGGCAGACGAGGUCAACGAAUGCAACAAGCGUCGGCACUAGAACGAAGUCUUCUGCCUACGGCAAGGAGUUCCAACAACACCUCACCGAUUACAACAUAUAUCGUGCAGACUACGAUUAUGACGACGAUGCCCCUGAACCUAAAAACCUAGCUCAGAUACAUCAGGAGCUAACGGUGGAAAGAGCAUCGCUAUCGCCGUCUCAAUUUACUCCGUCAGCUUUCCGAGAUUUCAAGCAAAGGAAUGCGCAAGCAACCUUUAAGAAAGACGUUAUGAGAACUAUCAUUCCUAUGAUUUCUGGUAACUCUAGCAUUCAUAACCAGCAGGACGUACGGUUCACUAAGCUUAAGCCUAUGACAAACCAGAAUGCAGUAAAACCACAGCCGGAUUUCUUUGAUGGAGCUCGCCUAGGAGAUCUUACUCAAAAGGUCAGGAACGAUCAAGCUAUACUGUCAACGGGCAUCCCUACCAAGCAUCCAAGUGUCCCGGUAGAGCCAAACUUUUUCCUAGAAGUCAAGGGGCCUAACGGGAAUGCUGCGGUAGCCCAGCGGCAGGCUUGCUACGACGGAGCAUACGGGGCCCGCGCCAUGCACGCUUUGCAAAACUACCACGACGAGCCAAUAUAUGAUGGCAAUGCCUACACCUACAGCUCGACCUACCACGACGGUAAUUUGAAACUGUACGCUCAUCAUGUCACCGCCCCGGCCGCCCCGGAAGGUCGACCAGAGUACCACAUGACGCAGAUUAACGGAUGGCAAAUGACAGGCAAUAUCCACACUUUCCGCCGCGGAGCAACUGCGUUCAGAAAUGCAAGGGAUUAUGCGGAACGUCACCGGAACAGCUUUAUUCGGGCUGCGAACGCCAUACCUAUUCAAGGGACAACAGUGACACAAGCAGACCUCGUUGAAACAAAAGAAGAGGUCUCUGGCCCUCUCGGUCUGCAUCCGUCGGAAGAUAAUACAGUGUAUACUGCCUGGCAAGAUGCGGACUACGCGCUUCAGCAGCAGAUCGCUGACAGCAGCAGAUCGCUGACAGCAGCAGAUCGCUGA